CGCAUCGCCUUCGACAAGUACGACGCCGACGACUCCGGCUUCAUCGACGCCGACGAGCUCCACGCGGCCCUGAUGCACAUGGGCCUGCUCGUGGACCGCGGCGGCUCCGACAAAUUAUUGGCCAAGUACGACAUCGACGGCAACGGCCAGCUCGACUUCGGCGAGUUCAAGGCCAUG